AUGGAUCAAAAUCAAAAGGCUUUCUUUGUUGCAAUAUCAUUUGUAAUUGAAUCCGAUAUGAUAGUUAACAUUGAAGAAAUCAUGAAAUAUGAAAUUGAAAUUAGGCAACCUUUGCAUGGAAAAACAGUUAUUAUAAAAAUUAAAAAGUUAGAAAAGUUAGAACCUGGGGUAAUUUUAGAUUAUAAAAAGGAAAAUAUCGAUGAUGAAAAUGGUUCUGAUAAAAACGGUUCUGGUGAAACGAUUCUAAUAAACAUAAACCUGUAUGCUUUAUCUUUAAUGCAAGCGGAAUCUAUAGACUUGAAU